GUUUCUGGGAUACGACUGGCUGACUGACUGUGGUCUGAAUGUCAUGGCGACCAACGGCGAGCAAAUUUCCCGAGGUUUCGUAACUGAUUCCAGCCAGGAAUCAAGGACACAGAGUGAAAACUGAGGGUCAACACAUUUUGUGUCUCCCAAUUUGCAGAGCAAGGACAGCAGAAUUUUAUACCUGAAACUACGUUUGGGAAUCGGUUGUACCAGUUUUUGAAAUGGAAUGUGCCAUGAACACCGGUCCUGAUGAUGACCCAUCUGAUACUGCUGUUCCAUAUGAAGGCAUUACUGUUAAGGAUGGCAGUGAGACCCCAAGAAAAAAAAUUAAGAAACAUAAGAAACACAAAAGUAAGAAGAAACGAAAGAAGCGAAAGGGUGAAAAAGAGAGUAGCUCUGAAUCUGGAGUAGAGUCGGAUGGAAAUUCUCGAACAAGAACUAGCAUAAAAAAAGAUGGCUCAUCAAACAUUGAGGCAGAUGAUCGUGCAAAUGCUACAAAAAACUGUACAGAAGAUCUUAGUGAUGGGGAAGGUGAUGCUAAGGUAAAAAAACAGAAACAUCGCAUUGGGAAGAAGAAGAAAAAAAGAAGACGGAAAGAGGAUGAAAAGCAAGGGAAAAAAUCUUCAUCUCGCUCAAGAUCAGAGAGUACUUCAGUAUCAGGGUCAGAAUCGGAACCGGAGUUCAAACAAUCACAAAAGUUGAAAGUGGAGUCCUUAAAGUUGGACAGGAAGUCACCCAUCACUGCAGCUAAUGACAAAUUUAAAGACUGCAUACCCCAACUGGAAGAUAAAAAGAGAAAUGUGUCACCUGAUCACAGUGAAGCAGAAAGCUUGAAACCUGGAGGGAGAAAAAAUGUUUCUCCUGAGAGUGCACAUGCACCAAUUGCCGAUAAUGGGACGGAUCGUGAGAGGGUAGAAUCUAUUGGCAAAAAUGAAAAUUUUGGUAAAGCUCAAGAGCUUCCUGAUAUUAUCCCUAAACUAGAGAAUGUUCACAAAGAGCAAGCUGGGCAGAAGGAUAUCUCAAACGAAGCAAACGGGAACCUCUCCAGGUCAAGGUCACGAUCACUCUCAUACACCAAACGUACAAAACCUAAACAUAGUCGCUCCAGAACUCCAAAGCAGUCAUCUGGUAAAUCAGGACAUCGUAAUGACAGAUCCUCUUCAAGGGAGAGGUCUGUGUCUGCCUCUGGUAGGAAAAAUCAAGCAAAAACAAGAGGCUCAAGAUCUCCAUCAGGAAGUAAACCAUCCAAAGCAAUAAGGAAACCUGGGCGCAGAUCUAGGUCACUCUCUGGAAAAAGAGGGUAUCGCUCUGACUCAAGAUCUCGUACAAGAAAUAGAAGAUCCAGGACCAGGUCCCCAUGGCGUGCUCACAGGUCAAGGUCUAGGUCAGCUGGAAGACAAAAGCGUUCAUGCUCGAGAUCAAAACAAUCAAUUUCUCUGCGGAAGAAUCUGCGCUCAAGAUCACGAUCCAGAUCUAUACGGAGAGGAAGACGCUCAAGGUCUCGCUCCCACAAAAGGAUGCCUGUAUCUCGUACAAGACGGUCCAGGUCCAGAUCUCUCAGAAGAGCAAGGCGAACACGCUCAAGAUCCAUUGUGAUUCCAACGCAAUCAAAAUCACGCUUGAGGAAAAACAAAAGAUCUAGAUCAAGAUCCUUGGGUAGGAAUCAAUCAAGUUCGAGAAGCCCAAGACGUCGAAGUAAGUCUCGGUCCCCUCAACGCUCCAGACCCUCUCAAUCGAGAUCUCCUGCCGUCUGUAAAAGGAGGUCUAUGUCCAGGAGCCCUCAUAGCACAAAGUCAGAAUCGGUAUCUCCGCAGCGACGCAAAAGAUCUAAGUCAAGAUCGUUUUCGCAUAAUUCAAAGUCUGAAUCCCCUAAAUUAAGAAAAACUAAAAAGCAAAAAGAUAUACGGUCAAGAUCAGUUUCACAGAGAGACACAUCAAGAUCCAUUUCCAGGGAACGACAGUCAUCCGUAAGUUUGUCGCCUGUCAAGAAAGCACCCUCUAAAUCUCCUACUCCUCCUAAAGAAAAAAAUUCUGUAAGGGAUAAGACUUCAAAGGAAUCUGAGACUAAAUCGCAUGUUCUUGAUGCUAGUGUGGAAAGUUUAGAUGUAAAAGGAAAUGCUGGGUCAAGUGGAUGGAAACCUGUGUCUACUGAAUGUGCAUCUGAACAAAAGACAUCAAAUGAGGAUUUAAAAUCAUCAGAAUGUGACCUACAAAGUAAAUCUAUUAAGGACGAGUCUGAAGAUCCCUCCGAAUGUGAAGGAAGACAAAAUCGAUCCAGGUCCUCCUCCUCAGAACCAGUGCCUCAGCGUGGUACUGUAUGUUCAGAUGAUUGCUCAGACAGUUCACGAUCACCUUCACCAAUUACAACAAAAAAAGAAUCAAAAUCCUUCAAUAGAAAAUCUCCUGUUUUAAGAAAACGCUCCAGAUCGGCUUCGUCCACCCAGAAGAGGCGAUCUAAAUCUAAAUCUUUCAGCCCAAAGAGGAGGUUAAAGUCUCCCACAAGAAAACGCAAAUCCAGGUCUCCCUCACAUAGUUGUAAAAGGAGAACAAAAUCACGGUCACCUGUUCGGAAAAGGAGAUCACGUUCAAGAUCAACCAAUCGUAGGGCGAAGUCAAGGUCUAAAUCUCACACAAGGACCAAACGUUCAAAAUCCCCUAAGCGGAAACGGUCAAAGUCUAGGUCACCAGCCCGGAAAAAGAGAUCCAGGUCUCGUUCUCCUGCUAGAAAGAGAAGAUCUCGAUCAUGGUCAAGAACUCGUCAGUCGCGAUCCAGAAGAUCGCGCUCUGUGUCACGCCGGAGGAGACCAGCAUUUCAGGGAAGGUCUUUUGAUAGACGUGAUAGGUGGAAACGUGAACCAAGCCACUCACCAAUUCUGAUUCUCCGUAAAAGGAGGUCUACCUCAAGAUCUCGGCGCAGUUCUAGCAAGACACCACCACGCCUGACUGACCUAGAUAAAGAUCAACUGUUGGAGAUUGCAAAGGCUAAUGCCGCUGCAAUGUGUGCAAAAGCUGGAAUGCCCAUACCUGAAAGUCUCAAGCCGAAGGCAAUCCUACAGCUACCCCUGCCAACACCAGCUCCAACCCCCUUAUCUCUGCCUCUACCACUGCCUGUGCCCAAUUUACCUAUGAAUCUGCCCAUGGGUAUACCAGGCAUGCCUGCAAUGCCAAACAUGACAAUGAAUGCUGCCAUGGCAAGUAUGACUGCAGCAACCAUGACCGCUGCCCUCUCUAAUAUGGGUGCCCUGGCAGCUAUGCCUGCAAUGCCUCCCCUUCCCACUAUUACGAACAAGCCACCUCCCGCACCCACACCUAAUCUGGCAAACAUUGAGGAGGUGAAGAGGAAAGUGGCUCAACAGGCUAACAGCAUGAGCAUCAAAGAGUUCACAGAGAAGUGUAAACAGAUUGCAGAGAGUAAAGAGGAGAUGAGUAUUGCACGCCCACAUGUUUCUGAUGAUGAAGAUGAUGAGAAUCGGUAACCCUCUGUCCUCCUGUAUUCUGUACACAAUCCUAAUAAUGGACACCUGUGGCUCACUUUUGGGAGAAAGGAUGAAUUAUGCCAGAGGCUUUUUGUCAUAUAAAUGAAGCUUUCGUUUGCUAAGAGGAUUGGACACUUGAGCAUCUUGAAACAUUGAUUUCAAAGGUUUAUUUCAACUAUUAUCUUUAAAUUGUCAGUUGUUGCAACAACUGCUAGCUACAGGACCUUCGACCGUUCAGUAGUAUGUCAAAAGGUGGAACAAAGGGGUUAAAGUUCAAAACAGACAUGCUAACAGUGAAAUGUUUAGUUUUCAGGAUUGUUCUCACCUUCACUACAUCUGGUGCAUCUUCAUACCUUGAAGGAUGUCUGGUAGAUUUAACUCCAAAUUAUAGAUAUGUCUUUAAAAGGAAAUACAGAUGUUGUGGUGAAUCUGAGAUCACAGGUCAGAGCUGUUGGUUCAACCACACUUUAAAAUUUAUGUUAAUGUGGUGUGAGUUUUAGGAGUAUUUUUUGCCUGUCUUUUAAAAAUCAUUAAGUGUUAAUCACAUGUUUAAGUACAUUGAUAAGUAGAAUUCUGUUAUUUGUUCCUUAACAUGUUUGUGAACUUUAGCAAUUAAAUGUUGAGGUUCAGAAUUGUACUUAAGUGCUAGACUUAAUGGAUGAUGUUUGCAUUGUGUGUUGUAAGAUUUCUGACCACAGAUUUUCUUUUAAAUACAUUUGGUUGAACCUUCCCAUGUUGCUUGCUGGUGACUGACAUUGUGGUCUCGCUUUAUCUAUAAAUCACAGAAGAUACCAUUCAUUGAGGGAUUUUUAUUUUAUUUUCAGUCAAUGAGAAUCAUAAAAUAUACACCUUUCUACUCUACAGACCACAAUGCAGUUAUGUGGUAUACAACGCUAUUCUAUCUUGCAAAAUGAAUUGAUGAAUUUUUUUUUUUUUGACCCAGCACUGAAGGGUGGUUUGCUGUAUUUUGAGUAGUGAGAAAAUUCUGCCACAGGAGUGAUUACAAUGCAUAAGAUUUACAUUACAUAGGUUAUUAUUUAGACACAUUUACCGUAAGGUGUACUGUAUAAUGUGUAUGUGUGCAUUUUGUCAGUCCUUUUAGCUUCAUCUGUUGUGGUACUGUGUGGAGAUUAUUUUCAUAAUUUAUCUAAGAAAAAUGUGAUGAAAACAUGGCUCCUGCAAAUCUCUUUAGAAAUGUUUUCACUCUGAGGUAGACACAGUUUAAGAGAACAUUUCAAUGUGAAGGGGUGUGCCACACUAUAUUUGCCUUAGGUUUGGCAUUGUAACAUCCACACUUUAUGAAAUCCAGAAUUAAACAGAUUAUACUGAAGCACUGUAAUUGGUAUUCGAUCAAUAUUUUCAACAGGUUUCCAAAUGGUAAUGUGAAGCAGAUGUGUAUUACUAAAACCGUAUUAUCAAGUCUCAUUUUCAUCUGUUUUUGUUCCCUUAAUUAGACAACUGAUGUUAUCGUGGGAAUGAGUAUUGCCAUUUAGGAUACUUUGAGGUUGUUAUGGAAAAAGUUAUUUUGCAUCUAAGAAACAAGCCUAGCAUCACAUUCCUUGCAUUUAAUGCAAAGUUUUUUUUUUGUUUUUUUUUAAAUCCUUUCCAUCACAUUGUGAAAUAGAAUGUCACACGCUUUGUAUAAAAUGCAACAUUGAAAAAUAAAGGGGAGAA